AUGGUAAAUGUCGUUAUACCAAAUUUGCAGGCCUUUAAAGACACCGAAAAAGCACCCGUAGAGGCUGAGGUCGCAAUCCACCGCAUCAGGAUCACACUGACCAGCCGCAACGUCAAGUCACUGGAGAAAGGAGACACUGCAGCCCUCCAGGAUCUGAGUUUUAGAUCCCUGUUCUACAGUGUGCACGGACCUGAUCCAUCCCUGAACACGGACCUGAUUCAGGGGGCCAAGGAGAAGAACCUGAAGGUGAAGGGGCCCGUCCGCAUGCCCACCAAGACUCUGCGCAUCACCACGAGGAAGACCCCCUGUGGCGAAGGCUCAAAGACGUGGGACCGCUACCAGAUGCGCAUUCACAAGCGCCUGAUCGACCUGCACAGCCCGUCCGAGAUCGUCAAGCAGAUCACCUCCAUCAGCAUCGAGCCCGGCGUGGAGGUCACCAUCGCUGACGCUUGAGGUCACUUUCUACGCUCUGCAAUAGAUUUUUUAAAAAGCCA